GAUCUGGGUUAACGAUAUUCCUGUUGAAAUAUGUAUUAGGGAGUGAUGUAGCCAUACCAGUGAUUGCGGUGGGUAGAUACAGUUUCAUUCUGAGGAUUUAUAUUAAAAACUGACGUGAUGGGGAAUUGUUUACGGAGAGACAACACAAGCAAUGUCCCUGGCACUCAGACGACUCCCCAGCACAAGGCUGCACAGGAACUGUCAAAUGGAACCCCUACUGUCCCCAUUCCUGUGGCAUUGUCCACUCCGCCACCAUCUACAAGCCCCAUAGUGUCUAUAUCAUCCACCCCACAACCGGAACCUUCGAGUGAAACCACCCCAACCCCAACUAAAGUGUUCGUUGCAUUGUACGACUACGAUGCCAGAACUGCGGAGGACCUCAGCUUCCGGAAAGGAGAACAUUUAGAAAUUAUUAACGACACACAAGGUGACUGGUGGUAUGCUCGAUCAAAAACAACACAAAAUGAGGGAUAUAUACCUUCUAAUUAUGUAGCUAAGCUGAAGAGCUUGGAAUCGGAACCAUGGUAUUUUGGAAAGAUAAAACGUGUUGAAGCAGAAAAAAAAUUGCUUUCAAUAGAAAAUGAACAUGGUGCUUUCUUGAUAAGAGACAGUGAAAGUCGUAGAAAUGAUUAUUCUUUAUCAGUACGUGAUGGAGACACUGUCAAGCACUAUAGAAUAAGACAAUUGGAUGAGGGUGGCUUCUUCAUCGCAAGACGAGUUACAUUUAGGACAUUAUCAGAUCUUACAGAUCACUAUAGUUCAGACCCUGAUGGAUUGUGUGUCAAUCUACGUAAACCAUGUACUCAGAUCGAGAAACCCCAGACUGUAGGACUUUCCUACAACACAAACGACCAAUGGGAAAUUCCAAAGACAUCGCUGAAACUCAUACGAAAAAUUGGGCAUGGCCAAUUUGGAGAGGUAUGGGAAGGACUAUGGAACAACACUACACCUGUCGCUAUCAAAACCCUAAAACCAGGUACCAUGGACCCGAAGGACUUCCUGGCUGAGGCUCAGAUCAUGAAGAAGCUGCGACACCAGAAGUUGAUCCAAUUGUAUGCUGUGUGUACCCAAGAUGAACCCAUCUAUAUUGUCACCGAGUUGAUGAGACAUGGUAGUCUACUCGAGUACCUUCAAGGUAAAGGGAGAAGUCUGAAGCUACCCCAACUGAUAGACGUUGCAGCUCAGAUCGCAAGUGGCAUGGCAUACCUAGAGUCACAGAACUACAUACACCGUGACUUGGCUGCAAGAAAUAUCCUUGUAGGAGAAGCUAACAAUGUAAAGAUAGCAGACUUUGGUCUGGCUAGGGUCAUUAAGGAGGAUGAAUACGAGGCCAGAGUGGGUGCACGCUUCCCUAUCAAGUGGACAGCUCCAGAGGCGGCUAAUUACAACAGAUUCACUAUCAAGUCUGAUGUGUGGUCCUUUGGCAUUCUUCUCACAGAAAUUGUUACCUAUGGCAGAAUACCAUAUCCAGGUAUGACAAAUGCUGAAGUGUUACAUCAAGUAGAACAUGGUUACCGUAUGCCCAAUCCUCCGGGCUGUCCCAAACCUCUCUACGAGAUCAUGCUGGAGUGCUGGCGGAAGGAAGAGAUGGAACGACCCACAUUUGAGACACUACAAUGGAAGCUGGAGGAAUAUUUUGCCAAUGAGGGUACUGAUUACCGAGAGGCCGGAGCUGUUAGAUAGAACAAGGGAGAUAACUCUAGUUACUACCAAUAUGUACAAGAUUAUAUAAAGACUGCCUUGCUGUCACAGGAAGCUGGUAUUGGGCUGGGUGUACUGACCCAUCCAGUCGUAUAUGUAGUCAGCUUCAGCUACAUUACGAUGACAAGUGUUUAAGAAGGAGGACAGAGAUCAUCUUUGCUGCCCAAAAAUGUUUUUUUUUCUCUCAAGUUUUAUAAAAAAAAGUAUUUUAUUUAUUUAUUUUAACCGAUUGGAGAUGUCUUUUUCUCAUGGUGCACAAAGUGACAAAGUAUAGUUGGAUUGUUUACUCUUGGAAUAACUGGAGACAUACUGUUAAGUGCAUUGUUGUGUAUUAGGAGGCUAAAACAUUAAUGGCCAGUCAUUAUCUUCCAUACGUUGGGUUGGUGUGGUUCAAAAUGUGCCUAAAGAGACUUGGCACAACAGCUCCCCUAUCUCCUGCAGAUGGAUACUUCAUUUGCAGACAUAAUAUUGUCAACAACUGCAGUGAACAUUGCUGACUUAUAGAUGUGUUGUCACAAGAAACUACUUUCACAUGAAAUGGUACCAAAUAUGUCGGUUCCAAGAAUAUAUCUAAAGAAGGAAUUUUUUUAACAUUUUUCCUUCCAUUUUCAAUAUAGAUACAUUCUUGCAUUCUUGUAUAAUGUUCCAGGAAAACAAUUUUUUCAAAUUUCAAGAAUGAUUAUCUCUGCAGCAUGGAUAAUGUGCAUGCUCUGGAAACUUUCUGUGUACUAAUUGCUUGAGUCAGUAUGCAAAUUAGACCUGACAUUCAGUAAGUUCUGUAUAGAGUGCAUUGAGUAUUUUUGAAGACAGAACUCUUAUUCUGAGUUGUGAAGUGUUCUGAUUGGUUGGAAGUUAGGUAUACCGGUUAUUCAAAUUUACUAGUCACUGUCUAGGGUUUCUAUUUUAUAAAUAUAUAUGAAACACAGUUAUUGAAAGGUAAUUCAUCCUUGAGAUUUGAAGAAAUAAAAUUUAGUAUGUUAAUACAUCCUUCUCUGUAAAUCCUAACGUGACUGUGGUGUGUUACAAAACUUAAUAACACUUAGCUGGAAUUUCAUUGUUUGUAAAUUUAAAGGAUAUUGACAAAGUCAGAGAUCAUUUGUUGGCAAACUGACAUUUAUACUGUGGCUGUGCUGUGUUUCCUGAGAAAUUCAUGUUUAAUUGUUUAAUUCACAAUUUACUGGAUGAACUCUAACAUGAAUUGAGAAAGAUUCAUCAGGAUUUUCAACUUUUUGCCAAUGCAGUGCGGAGAAAUUGUUUUGACGCUGACUGAUUAGAUGUUAUAGGGUAGUUGGAACUGCUAUGACGGAACUACCUUCUUUUGUAUCUUCACUUGUUAGUUAACACAUUAAUAUAUUGAUACAGUGCUAAAUUGCCAUAAUGGAUUGUCAAUGCCAUGUCUGUAUUAUGUGAUAAGGUUUGAUCUCACCCUACAUCGUAGUCUAGUUCACUGGUUUGUAAAUCUCCUAUAGCUACAGAUAAAGCUUUACACAAUGCAGGCAGUUUGAUGCUUUGGGCUUUGAAUGCAAAAGGGUGAAUUUCACAUUGGUUUUUAUCGUAAUACAAAAUGUGUAGUUAUCACAACUUGCUUUUUUCUUGGUUUUGCAAACAUGAAAUAAUUUUUUAUAGGUAACUGUAGUCAUACAUACAUUGUAUGGCAUCCCAUCAUUACAAUCAGUAAUGUUCAUUCUAGUAUUUAUAAUCAUUUUAUAUAUUGGUUAAAAAAAUUCCUGUUGGACCAAAGGAUAAAGAUGUUAUGUUCAUGUAUACAGAUGUCAAGCUUGAUACCAGUACAGUGAUAGAGAUAAGUGGGCUGUAGUACACUCACAUCUCCAUGGUAACUGUUGAUUUGAUUACUAAGGUGACCCAGUACACUCACAUUUCCUUGGUAACUGUUGAUAUGAUUACUAAGGUGACCCAGUACACUCACAUCUCCUUGGUAACUGUUGAUAUGAUUACUAAGGUGACCCAGUACACUCACAUCUCCAUGGUAACUGUUGAUUUGAUUACUAAGGUGACCCAGUACACUCGCAUCUCCAUGGUAACUGUUGAUUUGAUUACUAAGGUGACCCAGUACACUCACAUCUCCAUGGUAACUGUUGAUUUGAUUACUAAGGUUACCCAGUAUGGUACAAUGUUUUAUAUUUGUAUUUCUCUUCAUACAUAAUAUUGCACAUUUUUAUCCACCCAUUUUAACAGAUUUCUAUAUUGGUGUCUGCUUCAGCUUGGUUGUCAUGAUGUUGUAUAGGUUGCUAGGUGAUGCAAUCUUAAAGCUGAUAUUGUGUUAUAUUUGCCUUUACUGUUUGGAACAAUUUUGUAUGUCAGCUGUGUCCCCGUAAGCCUUCAUGUCUGGUAUCUAGAUUUUGUUGCCAUAGCAUUGAAAACGUCACCAAGGUAUCAUUAUAUUGUCGUAGACAUGUUUCCUGGAACUGAUAUUGUAUACAAAUUUGUGAGGCGAGAGUCUGGUGUUUGUUACAGGUAUUUUCUAACAGAAAUUUGAUUGAGAUUGUGAAUGAAGGUUGUAGUUCAACAAUGCUGAUAAUUUUUAAAUGCUGCAGGAUUACUUUGGAAACUUCACUUGGUAUAUGAUAAGGUUGAUAGGAACAUGUGUCUGUAGGUUUGCACCUGUUGUGAGGUUGAUAUGCACAUAUUGAUAAGUUGAUUUGCGCUUAUUGCUAAACUUUUUUCCAUGUUGAUAUAUAUGGAUGUUAUAGAAGACAGAUUCUAUCCACUUACUUCCAACCCAGUGAUGGAUACUGUUCAUUGAAGGACUGUACCAUUGUUUGUCACAGGUUAUGAAAACCAUACUUCAUAAGAGAUUAUAUAAAACAAGUCUUAGCAGAUUUAAUUGAAAAGAUAAGAUAAUAAUAACUCAGAAAAGUUACAUCUUGACAAGUUUUUAAAGUGAAAAUUCGGAGAACGAAAUCAAACAUUGAUAGCCAUUUUGUCGCAACCUUUUCAUUUGAUGGCAUAACUUUAUUGUCCAUAUUUUGACAUCACAACCAAUUUCGGAUUGGCACAGCCAGUGAAAAACUCCCAAGAGUCGAGGGUAUAUUACACAUAUUAACUGGAUGACAGGUGGAUUAUGUGAAUAGUUCUGUUCUUGAGACAUCCAAUUUCCAAGAAAUACUGUUACCUGUACAUGUAGACACAUCCAGUAAUUUCAGACAAAGUUUUAGCAACUAGAGGUUGAUGAAAGUACGGUUGGUGGUGAGAUGCAGCAUGUAUGGGUAUGCAAGGCUGAAACAUGUUAUGAGUGUGUGGCAAUGUGUGGAUACAGGAAGAUAGGUAAGCAGUGUAAGAGUGCCAAAUUGUGUUAGCAUGGCAUGUGUUUGUACUUUAUAGUAACAAUAUGAGGGCAAGUGUCUUUAUAUUGAUUCAUAAAAAUGUAUGUCAUUAAUAUAUCUCUAAACUUUUUACCACAGUAUCGCAGCAACAUCCAUUUGCCAACAUUUUCAUGUCAAACAUUGAUGGCGACUUGCAAUAGUUACCUUCAGCUGACCAAUCAUAUUGCUCAUAAUUAAUGUAGAGAUAAUUUUGUUUUGUCAAGCUUUGUUGAAAAUCAUGUCAGUCCAGAAAGGGUGCUUCACAUACAAAAGAGUACAAUUCUCAGCUGGAUGAUAUUCACCUAGUAUGUUACUUAUUUUUAGUACAUUUAGUGAUUUCAUAAGUGGAAUAUUGUUAUUUACUUGGAAUAUUGUAUGUAUGUAAAAAUAUUAUAUGCAAAAAUGACAAUUUUUGAUAUGUCCAAACCAAACCAUCUGUGGUACUGUUCUUUUUUUUUUUUUUCAUUCAUUUGUCAGUUGUACAAAUAAAGAUUCUUCUAUGUUAAAUGGCAUUAAAAAAAGUUUUAGUACAGGAAAGUUAAACUGAGAACAAUUUUUGAUAGGUUUUGAUUUUCAUCUACAUUUCCUUGUUGUUUAUGACAGAUAUCAACUACAGAAACAAUGAUUUUGCCAAAAAGGUGCAUAUGGUGUUGAUGGUGCAGUUAGUGCUGCUUAACAGGGUCACAAAACAGAACUGUGAUAACUACAGCAAAACAAGAUGGAAUGAAAAAACAAUUUUUUUAAGUUAAUGUAUUAGAAUCUCCUUGUCUUGACUUUUAUUAGUGCAGUACGGGUAACAUUCCGUGAAAACUGAAUAUUUGUUAAAAUUCGAGAAGCUGCCAUAAAAUAUGCAUUUUUAUUGAGCCUGUGUUAACAAAUGUACAAAAUACGAAAUAAUAUGCAUUUUUGGUGCACUUUGAUUUCUGUGAUUUUCGGCUAUAACAAGCACUAUAUAUAUAUACUAUAGAACAAUUCCCAUGAAAUUCACAUGAUUUGUAUCACUAUCUGUUCUACUAUAGGUCAACAUAUUGUUAAAACAGCUGUCACAUCAAUCUAGUUUCAUGAUAACCUAACUUUGUGAUUCACAGAAAGCUAUUGAUUGAAAUAUCACUAAUUUAAAACAUGAAAUCUGUUAAUAUUCAAUCAAUACUUCAUUUACAAAGACGCUAGUGUGAAUACAUUGUGUAUAUAGACCAACAGUAUUGUGUUCCUGGUGUAGUAUAGAUCAUAAAACAUGAAGGCUGCUUUUGCAUAAUCAAGUUGAAAGUCCAAAUAUAAGUAUCAAUCACAACAGUCUGCAGAGUGGUUGUUCCUUGUAUUGAUUAUCAAGUUGAAAGGGUUAAGGCAGCUGGAAUUAUUCCAUGAUGAAAAUGAAGGCACUUGUGCUGGAUGUUGGAAAUGUUACACAUAGAGCUUAAAAUGCAUGGUUUUGGAAUUAUCUGUCAGUCCUACAUCAAUGACCAGAUGAUAAGAUAUGUUCCAUUUUAACUCGUACUGAUCAAUUAUUAUAACAGUUCCAGAAAUAUGUGAAGGCGUCAACCCUAUUGUAUGCAGAAACUCUAAAAACAGCCGGUUAUAUUUAGACAGGUACAGCUGCACUUCUGUAACUGUACAUCACAUAUUUUGCAGCUCAGCUUCGGUCUUGAUCUGUGCCUGGCAUAUUUCAAGCAGGUUUCAAUCGCCUUCAUGAAAAGACCUUAAUUUGUGGUUUAUCAUCACCAAUUUGGUGAUUGUGCAUCAUCUCAGAUUUAAAGCUAGUUUAUGACCCCUGAAAGAGGAUACAUUUGCCUUGAAAAGUUGUAGGGAACAGAACACUUCCUCGAUUCUGUACAUAUAUAAAUCACUUAAGUAUGGGGAAAUGGUUGUGAUUGUGUUGAUGAAUGGCUAGUCACUGUGUUGUAGUAGUCCCAUUAAUGUGUACAACAGAUAAUAUAAAUGUUUUUGUUCAGCUGACGAAAAAUCUAAAAUUUCAAAAAUGAAUUUGUAUUUUUGAAAGCUGCAAAUGAAAUGUCCCUGGAUGAAGUGGACUGCAUCAAAAAUCAUUUGACUGGCAUGCUUUUUAUCUAACUGGUUAACCUUAAGCUUAUAUAUACAUAUAUAUCAGAUAACAUCAGUUCUAUAAUGUAUUGGAAAGUCUUUGGUUCCUUACACUUGUACAGUAUGGAACCAAAGGCAUGUUGGUACAAUAUUUCACGUUUUUUUUUUUAAAGCUAAACAUUUGAAAUCGCUUCUCAAGCCUUUCACUGCAACCCUAGAUCAGAUCACAGGACCAAAACUAAACAGCAAUUUUGGGAAUGAGAGUGGUAGUUUAUGCCAAUUUCAAAGUUUACUUGCACUUUCAAUUUACAGAAAUUUGAAAAGUUUGAUGCUUCUAUAUGUAUGAACGGAAUCGUAAAAUUCAAAUAUGUUACAGUUAAUAAGGAACUGAACAGAAUAUCAGAUAUUGGUAGGUAGGUUAUAAUUCUGUAUUGAGAGCAGUGGCCAUUGAUAUGAAGUUUACCUAGCUUACAUAAUCAAACUUAUAUCCAGUUAUAAUUUACCAAUUUUGCAAAAAGGUUGAUGACAAAUUAUUUGGUUUGUAAGCUUAUUCAAUGUAUCUUUUUCAAAUACAAUUGUAAUAUAAUGUUUCAGAUUACCUACUAUUCACAUUAAUAUUGAAUAAUUUUUGUUCUAAUAAUAUGCAUACAGUGUAUAUAUUGGACGUUAAGCUAAAGAGUCUGGAGGAGAUAUUUCUGUCAGGAGGCCGAGUGCAAUCUAUAUAUGAAUACAGAGGUAUAACUAUAUAUAUAUAUGUAUCCCACGUGUAUCGUACGUCAGAGACUUGUGUGUCCUCCACUUCCUUCUGUUGUUCAUGUUGUAAUGUCAAUAUCUUGGUGUGUAACUCACAAUCUCUGUCAACAAGUCAUCAUACAAUAAACAAACAAAUACA